UCGGUUACAUACGGUUCAAUAGAAAGCGGAAGUAGCCGGCUGCAGAGUUAAUAAGCGAACGAUAUUUCUUGAUUAAGCGUAUAUUGAUUGGCAGAAAUGGCAUUGAAUAAAUUGGCAUUAGAUGCACUUGAUAUAAAAAACAAAAGGGUUUUGAUAAGAGUUGAUUUCAAUGUGCCAUUAAAAGGAACUACAAUCACAAACACACAAAGAAUUGAUGCAGCACUUCCAACAAUUAAGUAUGCCCUGGAGAAUGGGGCAAAGUCUGUGGUAUUGAUGAGCCACCUGGGUCGGCCUGAUGGGAGGCCACAAGACAAGUACUCCCUCAGGCCUGUCAAGGCUGUUUUGGAUGAGAGAUUGGGAAGGGAGGUGAAGUUCCUGGAUGACUGUGUGGGUCCUGCGGUGGAGACAGCAUGCAUGGAUCCGGCCAUGGGAUCGGUAUUCCUCCUUGAGAAUCUGCGCUUCCAUUUGGAGGAGGAAGGCAAGGGUGUUGACUCAGAAGGAAAGAAGGUGAAGGCAUCGGCAGAGGAUGUGGAAAAGUUCCGAGCUUCACUGUCCAAACUCGGAGACGUCUACGUGAACGAUGCCUUUGGAACCGCUCACCGCGCUCACAGUUCAAUGGUUGGCUGUCAGCUCCCCCAGCGUGCUUCAGGCUUCCUUCUCAAGAAAGAGCUCACCUACUUCUCCAAGGCCCUCGUUAACCCAGAGAGACCAUUCCUCGCCAUUCUGGGAGGUGCAAAGGUUGCGGACAAGAUCCAGCUGAUAGAGAACCUGCUGGACAAGGUGAAUGAGAUGAUCAUCGGGGGCGGUAUGGCCUUCACCUUCCUCAAGGUCAUCAAUGACAUGAAGAUUGGAAGCUCACUUUAUGAUGAAGAGGGUUCAAAGAUUGUCAAUAAACUGAUGGAAAAGGCAAAAAAGAAUAAUGUGAAGAUUCACCUGCCCAAGGACUUUGUGACAGGGGACAAAUUUGGUGAUGAUGCCACAGUGGGACAGGCUACGGUGGCUUCUGGCAUUCCUGACGGAUGUCUGGGUCUUGAUAUUGGGCCAGAGACCAUACAAGAGUUCUGUAAAGUAGUGUUGGAGGCCAAAACUAUCGUAUGGAAUGGCCCAUCAGGUGUGUUUGAAUUUGAAAAGUUUGCCAAGGGAACCAAGGCUGUAAUGGAUGCAGUUGUCAUGGCCACUGAGAAAGGAGCAGCCACUAUCAUUGGUGGUGGGGACACAGCGACGUGUGCGGCCAAGUACGGCACCGAGGAAAAGGUCAGCCAUGUUAGCACCGGAGGAGGGGCUAGUCUCGAACUUCUUGAGGGUAAAACGUUGCCCGGGGUGGCAGCCCUGUCCCCAGCCUGACUUGCUCCCCAACAGGCCAGGAGCCAAAUCUGAGCACGCCUACACAAAAGCUGGUCACACUCUACACGUUGUUACUGUCUGCUGUUGUUGUUAUCAUUCAUGGCUAGAAUAUGGUGAUCAUAUGGUAUCAUGAUUGUAAAACUCAAGAUAUUAGUGAUAACACUAACUGAUUAUCAGAUUGUGAAUGAUUGAAGUGUAAAUUAAAUGAAUCUCUUCAUGGUUAAUAGUGGUUUUGAGAAACGAGAAGGUAGUAUAAAUCUAGUGCUACUGAAGAAGAAUUUACGCUAUUUAUUUUGUUAUUUAUGCAUCUUUUUUUAAUCUUAAGAAGCCAUAUUCAUUUCUUGUCAAUAAAGAAUAUCUAACCUA